AUGCCUAGAUGGGAAGUUAUCGAAAGAAAAUAUGGAAUUACAAGUACCAUGAAAACGAAUAUAUUAGCUACAAUAGGUAGUGCUAUAGAUUCACGUGGUCAAUCAGAAAGGUAUAAAAUAGUCAAUGAUAUUAAAGAAUGGCUUGAAGAAACCUAUGGAAAACGAUGGACUGUAUUGAUUGCUGAUACAGGAUCUUAUCAAUUGAGUGCUUCUCAAUAUGACUCAAGAUUUAUGAGGGUUAACGAAACAAAUUUGAAAUGGACUAUUGAUGUUUUUCAACAAAUUCCAUAA